GCGCACUCAUAGUCUCCUUCUAUCUCGCAGCCUCUUCAGUUCCGGUUCUCCGCCCUAGGCACCUUCGGCUCUCUGCCCUCUGCGCUUUCGAUUUCGAAGCUCCUCUCUCAUCACACCUGCAAGGCAAUCCAUUGAACAGACUCUGCGACUUUGCAAAUUCAAGAUUGCGAGGUGCUGCGACGAGGCCUCCCCGAUCCCCGGUCUCUUUUUCCAAACUUCACCCGUAUGACCAGUUGAAUUGCCCAUGCAGGAGGAGGAUGAUUGAUUUCUCGAUUCGCGGAGCGUGGGAACUGCGCCCUCUCCUGCGUCUUUGUCUUCCUUAUGUCCAAAAUAAUUUCAUCUAGGUCCCUGAUGUUCCCAAUUAUUCCAUUUUGUUCCUCAAAAUUUUUUAUUGAUUAUAGAAGCUCCCUUUUUUCCAGGAAAAGUUGUUAUCCUUGAAGAUGUUGGUUAAGCUCCAGGUCCACCACUUCUCCGCCGUGCUAUGCUUCCAAGACCACGGCGGCCCAAACUUUCCGGCGACACUUCCCUUCUCUUUCCCCGCCUGCAACCGCCCACGUCUCUUCACGGUGCCCUCCGCCCACCGCAACCACCAAGAAAAUCGUCAAAACACCGAAACUAGCACUACCUCCUCUCCGUUGAACGAUGAAGCUACUGUUACUCAAAAGCACAAUUCCAAAUCCACUUCUAUGCUCCUCCAUUUCCUCUCAUUCGACCAAAUCUCAUAUUCAAAAACGACGCCGUUUGCAGAGAGACAGGUGUCUUCUGUAGAAGAAGAGGAAGAAGAUAAAAUGAGGCUUCUAGAGAUGUCAUUGAUAAGAAGAAGAACCCCUCAAUUCCCAGGCUCAAGUUAUGUUCAAUCUCCCAGCGAUCCUGAUGUCAAUUCAUCUUUGCCGCCCAUUAAGAGUCUGUUUGAUGACCAAAGCGGCAUUGCUGCUGCUGCAGAUGAUGAGGAGAUGCUUAUUAAGGCCCUAGAGAUACGCAGGAGAGUCACCACUGAGAUUUUCAUGGAGGCGAUGAGAAAGGGGAAAUUUGGGAUCACUUAUUCGAGAAAUUUGGUAUCCAAAUUGUCUGAUUUCAUUGAUUUUGUGAUGAUUCAGGCUGCUUCAAUGAAGCAAAUGCCUGAAUUCUCGCACUCAUCCUUCAAUAGUCGAGCCAGGGCAUUCAUAGAUGAUUCCAAUGUCGUGCCAAUGGUAAGGUGGUUGAAACACAAUUCAUUAUCAUUUCCUCAAAUUGGGAACCUCGUAUGUAAAUCAAGACGAGAUGUUACCUACAUAAGACGUUUUGCUGAGUGGUUAAAGUCGGUAAACGUGAAGGGGAGAUUCAUUGGGGUUGCAAUGCUGAGAUCAGGAGAGAAUGUCUUCAGCCGCAGCUUUGAUGAUUUGGAUGAGAAUAUUGAGUAUUUGGAGAAGAACGGGGUCCGGAGGGACUGGAUUGGCUUUGUUAUUAGCAGAUGCCCUGAAAUAUUGUCAUUUAGCAUGGAAGAACUCAAGAUGCGUGUUGAAUUCUAUUUGAAUCUGGGAAUGAAUGAGAAUGAUUUCGGGACAAUGGUUUUUGACUAUCCUAAGGUGCUUGGCUACUUGAGUAUGGAAGAGAUGAACCAAAAGGUUGCGUAUCUGAAGGAAUUUGGCCUAAGUAACGAAGAUGUUGGAAGAGUGAUUGCAUUGAAACCACAUUUGAUGGGUUGUAACAUUGAGGAGAAGUGGAAGCCCCUUGUUAAGUUUUUCUACUACAUCGGGAUUUCUAAAGAAGGAAUGCGAAGAAUUCUUAUUGCCAGGCCAAUAGUAUUCUGCAUUGACUUGCAGAACACCAUUGUGCCUAAGGUCCAGUUUUUGCGAGAAAUAGGCGUUCAGGAAGAUGCCAUUGGAGAUGUGCUUGCCAGGUUUCCCCGAAUAUUCACAUAUAGCCUUGAGAAGAAAAUACGACCAACGGUAAUAUUCCUCCUCACAAAAGCUGGAGUCUCACAGAGAAAUGUUGGGAAAGUAAUAGCCUUCCAACCCGAGCUACUGGGAUGCAGCAUCGCACACAAAUUGGAUCCCAAUGUGAAGUUCUUUUUGUCGCUUGGUAUACCUCUCCGGAAAUUGGGUGAGAUGAUUGCUGACUAUCCAUUGAUUCUUCGAUACGAUAUAGAAAAACAUCUUCGUCCCAAGUACAAAUACCUGCGACGAACCAUGGUUCGCCCUUUAGAGGAUCUAAUUGAAUUCCCAAGGUUUUUCAGUUAUUCCCUUGAAGAUAGAAUGAUCCCAAGACACAAAGUCCUUGUAGAGAAUCGGGUGAAUUUUAAGCUGCGAUAUAUGCUGAAAAGCACAGACGAAAAAUUUGAAGAAAUGGUUCAGGAUAAAGUGGAAAGACGUAGGAUAUAUGAGAGUGGCAUCAGCUGUGACAAGCCAUCAACCACUUGUAUUAAUGGCUCUAUAGAAGAUUUCUCAUUCAAUCAUCGAUCUAACUGUAGUAGCAGAUUAGAAACAGAUAAGUAAACUAACAAAGAUAUUUGAUUUCAACACUUGUAAUAAUGAACAUGUUUUUUUUGUCUGUAACUGUGUGUAUAUAGUGAGUGUAUUCAUUUUCCAA